GAGUGGGCGGUCGGCGUUCAGAACGGAAAUCCGCUUUGUAUUGUGGCUAGCUUGACAAGUGCUGCUCCUGCUGCUGCAUCGACCUUGGCUGGUUUAGGAUGGCAGGGAAGACUUGGAGGUCAGCGGUAUCAUGGGUGGUUGGAGCUUUGAAGAAAGAGACUCCACAACCCAGGAUGUUCACCCGUGGGAUUCAAACUGUUACUUUAAUCCCUGGUGAUGGAAUUGGUCCAGAGAUCUCCACUGCUGUUAUGAAGAUAUUUGAAGCAGCUAAAGCACCUAUUCAGUGGGAAGAGAGAAAUGUUACAGCCAUCCAAGGACCUGGUGGCAAAUGGAUGAUCCCUCCUGAUGCCAAAGAAUCGAUGGACAGGAACAAAAUUGGCCUAAAAGGUCCUUUGAAGACGCCAAUAGCUGCUGGCCAUCCCUCUAUGAACCUGCUGCUGAGGAAAACCUUUGACCUUUAUGCCAAUGUGCGUCCCUGUGUGUCCAUUGAGGGCUACAAAACCCCCUACACUGAUGUGAACCUGGUCACCAUCAGGGAGAACACUGAGGGAGAAUACAGUGGGAUUGAACAUGUGAUUGUUGAUGGAGUUGUACAGAGUAUUAAGCUCAUUACAGAGCAAGCCAGCCAACGCAUCGCAGAGUAUGCUUUUGAAUAUGCCAGAAAUAAUCAGAGGGCCAGUGUUACUGCUGUUCAUAAGGCCAAUAUUAUGCGCAUGUCAGAUGGGCUUUUCCUUCGAAAAUGCAGAGAGGCUGCUGAAAAGCACAAUGAUGUAAAAUUCAAUGAGAUGUACUUGGAUACUGUGUGCCUUAACAUGGUACAGGAUCCCACACAGUUUGAUGUAUUAGUGAUGCCAAAUUUGUAUGGAGACAUCUUGAGUGAUCUUUGUGCUGGACUAAUUGGAGGUCUUGGAGUGACUCCUAGUGGAAACAUUGGCGCCAAUGGUGUUGCCAUAUUUGAGUCGGUUCAUGGAACUGCCCCAGAUAUAGCAGGAAAAGACAUGGCCAACCCCACCGCCUUGCUGCUCAGUGCAGUCAUGAUGCUGCGGCACAUGGGCCUACACGGCCACGCCAAGAAGAUUGAAACUGCCUGCUUUGACACCAUUCGAGACAGAGAGGUUCUAACAAAAGACCUGGGAGGAAACUCAAAGUGCUCAGAAUUUACUGAAGCAAUAUGUCAAAGAGUGCGGGAUAUGGACUAAAAGAAUGCUAAAGGGGCCGUGAGUUAAUUGUUAGGGUUUAGAUCCCUUUAUAUCAUCAUGUCAUAUUGUAUCUGCACAUUUUAAACCAAAAUAUGUAUUUAAAAAAAAACCUCAGGAGUUUGAGAUUCUGAAUGUUUUAUUUUUUUCUCUGCACACUCCAAAACAUUGUCUUAAAACUCUUGACCAACAGUUACUGUAUAUGUGAUAUGCAUUUUAUUCCUAAACUGUUCAAUCUGUGGUGGAUAUUGUCUCUUUAUUGGCUGAAUUGUAUUAUGUAUUAUAAUGUAUUGUGUUUGUGGAUAUAUUUAACAUUUAUGCAGUUAAAAAAAACACUUGGCUUUAAUGAUUUAAACAUAAUUAGAAAUCGAUAACUUGAAACUUUCAGAUGUUUUGCGCAAAAUCUUUUUUUCAUGUUAUACUUUUUUUCCUUCUGCAAAUAUCACGAAUGUAUAAAAUGAAUAUUACAAUGAUAUCAGAAAUGCCAGACUUUUUAUUCAGUGUUAUGCAAACGACUUUUGUGGGUGUCAUAAGCCCUCUCAUCUGCUUUCAUGAUGACUCUGUGACCCCUGUGAUUAGAAUCCUGGUAAAAGUUAUGUUCACGUUUUUGUGAGUUAUUAUCUGAAUUGGUAUAAACCAUAUACUAAAUACCACCUAAUUUACACAAAAUGCAGAGUCAGAUCCUGUCAUGCAAGUAACACGUAUGAUUUUGAAGCAGUAAAAAUAAAUUGUUGACUAUAGACAAAAAUAAAUUAGAAACAAAUAUUUCAGUCUAUGACAAGAUGCAUCAAAAUGUUGUGACUUUGUAAAAUUCUCGGUUUUGUAAUAGCAAGUAUUAUGCACUGCAGUGUAUUUAAAACUUAAUCUUGGUUUACUCUUAAAUAUUAACAAAUUAAAUAUGGUUCUGCAUUCUGUACACAAGACACAUAAUUAAAUUCCAUGCAUGUCCACAAGAA